AUAGGCUUCACGCUAAAGGAUUGCUGAAAUGGUUGUUGAAGGCCCCAUCUAGUAUCCUCGAUAUCGAACUAAGCCACAUUCAACAACGGCCCUCAUCAGAUGACGGUUAUGUAUCUCAAUAAAAGUCUUUGGUACCAAAUCCAGCGAUGGAGCUGAGGCCAUAAAAAGGGGAGGUAGUUCGUGAAUUAGUUCAAGUAUCCAAAGAUAUCGAUAAAAAACUUGUUUAUAGAUGAAUGUAUCAUUAUAACCCAAUAUCAGUUGUCAACCUUUAUAAUUAUAAAUUCUUAAGUGAACAUUUUCUUGAUUUCACGUGAUUCAUGCCUUGGGUCUGGUUUCAUAGCCUAACUAAACUUGGAUCCUCGAGGUCCAACUAAAUCCAUCAAUCCAACUAUGGCAGAUAAUACACGACAAGACCGUGAAUACGGCCGCAGAAGGCAUUCACGUUCCAGAUCGCCUCGGCGACAUCAUUCGCAUUCUCAUCGAAGACGAUCACCACAUGGUAGCCACCAUCGAAGCAUACGGCCCGCCGAAGUAGCACCAGAGCCUCUACCAUACAAUUGUAGGCCGAUCACGAAACAUGAUUACGACUCAUUCAAACCAAUGUUUGCAUCGUAUCUGGAUAUUCAAAAAGGCAUAUUUUUGGACGAAUUAGGAGACACAGAAGUCAAAGGGAGGUGGAAGAGUUUCAUAGGAAAAUGGUAACCACGAAUUCUGGCUCUGGCCUAAGAAAGUUUUCGGAUACUGGCUAACAUGUGUGAGGAAUCGUGGAGAACUUUCAGAAGGUUGGUAUGAUCCGUCAACCUUGCGAAAAGCCCAAGAAUCAGCGAAGGAAUAUGAGGAUGAAAUCGCUCGAGAAUCCAAUCCAAUCCAAUCCCACGAGCCUCCCUCAAGUUUCACAAAGCGCGAAUCCGAAUACGAUGACUCGGGCAGAGUGGAAGGUGACGAAAAUGAUAGCGAUGAUUCCAUAGGUCCAACGUUGCCAGGAGAAAUGAACAAAGUCAAAAGAAAUAGGUCUGGACCAAGUAUACCAAACAUGGAAGAUCUGGAGCUCAAGAGAGGUAUUUGCACCGAAUUCUGAGACAGGAUUCUUGCAGUAUCUAACUAUGUCACAGAAAUGGCUGUUGAAGACCGAUUAGCUCGGCGCGACGAUACAAGGUAUGAACGAAGAAUCGAUCGCAAAGAGCAAAAGGACGCAUUAGAUGAAUUAGUUCCUCGUGCCGAAGCCGGAACGCGGGAACGGCAAUUGGAAAAGAAGAAGGAAUUGAAUGAAAAGAUGAAGUCCUUCAGAGAGAAAUCUCCUGGUGCAGCAGAAAUUCCGGAUACUGAAUUGAUGGGCGGCGAUGAUGGGAUCGAAGGGUUCAAGAAGAAGAAAGAGGAGUUUGAGCGCAAGAAGAAUGAGAGAGAAUUGAGGAAAGAAGAAAUAAUGAGAGCUAGGCAAGCUGAAAGAGAGGAGAGAUUGCAGGAGUAUAGACAAAAGGAGGAUGGAACUAUGGCUAUGCUCAAGGCUUUGGCGAAGCAGAAUUUUGGAUGAGAGGAUGAGAGGAUCGGAACGGAAGGCAGGAUAAACAAUAAUACCACCUUUGGGCAGACCAAUGUUCUCAUACCUAUGCAACGACACAAGUUAUUUCAAUAUUAGCCUGUCGCAAGAAUAUUCAUUAUGUGAACUAUGUUUGGGUGGAAAUUCGAUUUAGCCUCGCGCGCAGCCUUGUGAAUGCCGAGACGGAUAAAAUAAAUCUAUCGACUACUUCAAUCCCAAACAAUACAACCAAUUCCGCACGUAUCGACAUGAUAUGUUCCAAAUAAUCUGAUCUAUUGAGCUGCGAAAGAAAAUUAAGAUUCCAAAUAUCUCAGAAGUUAAUCAAUUACUGCAUGCGUCAGGAAUAAGAAAUAGCUGGUGCGACCGGGCUGUCGUUAUGGAGGUCAUCGGGAGGAGCGCGAUAUGCAAUGGGCUGAGAGGCACUCGAUUUCGUUGUUUGAACGA